AUGGCAACAAAGACAACAGUCAGCGCAAAGGAUGCCAAGAUCCUGGAUAUGGUCUUCAACCCCGAGGGCACCAUGCUCCCCGACAAGGAGACCGAGAAUAUGCUCAACGCCGAACCCAUCGUGAUUGAGCCAGAGUUGCUGAAGAAGUUAAAGGGCCUGGAGUCAGAGGCGAUCCUGUUGGCAGAGAAGGACGACAUUGGUGGUGCCAUUGCCAAAUUCUCAGAGGCCAUCACCCUCUGCCCGAACUAUGCGUCCGCCUACAACAACAGAGCUCAGGCGUACAGAAUUCAGAACAAUGAUGAUGCGGCUAUUCAGGAUCUGGACAAGGCGAUCGAGCAUGCCGGUGGACAAGUCCCUAUCCUCAAGCAGGCAUACACACAGAGAGGAAUUAUCAAGAAGGCCAGGGGGGAGAAGGAGGCAGCACAGGCAGAUUUCGAGCGUGGAGCACGGUACGGCAAUCCUCUGGCCAAGGCCGUCGCUGUCCAGGAUAACCCUAUCUCGCAGCUCUGUGGUGCUAUGGUCAUGGAGAUGCUUAACAAGGAGAUCAACGGCAACAAGAAGUAA